AUGACGACGUCCUCUCCCAAACCAGUAGGCCACGACUCGGCGCCUACUAGCAAAAAUAAUAACGACGGCGCACCCUCCAAUGAUCCCAAGCCCAGACUCCCAAACUCCAGGGGCACCUCAUAUCACCUAGAGAACAAUCCGUUCGAGGCAUCCUUUAGUCAGCCGCAUUCGACUCCCUCGACUCUAGCGCUCCCACCACCUUCCCCGCCAAAACAUCAUCGCUCAUCCUCGAAGGACAGCUCCAAUAACAGCGGCAGUGGUUCCCCCGAUGCUAACGGUACUAUCCCGAGGCCUAUCCUACCCCCCAUCGCCGCCAUGGCGUCACCUUCGUCUGGUAACGAAUUUUCCUGGCCCUUCAAUGGAAAUGGUGACCUUGCUGGAUCCCUCCGAUCGGGUCCAUUGUCGCCUGCCAUGCUUGCUGGACCACAACAGUACUCGGGGACAUCCCUCUUCGAUAAUAUGCGUUCUGGCCUCACUCCCGAUGUCAACCGGACAGGUCUAACACCGCUCAUUGGUGGGCCAACAUCGUUCCCGCCUCCGAGUCCAAAUACCGCUGCGUUCCUGGCAAUGAUGACGAAUACGUCACAGAGCCAGGGCGUUGCCGCCCCAUCACCCGCUACGAUCACACCUGGAACGUUCUCCGCAAUAACUGGCAUUUUAAAUGGGAACAACCACAACUCUUCUUCCAGCAACUCUAACCAUAAUCAAACCGUCGCAGGGGGUCAUAUAUCAAUGGGAAUGCCUGCCAAUGGGCUCUUCCUACUAAGUCAAGCUCAUCAAGAACUUACCAAAAGGGAAGAGCAGCAAGCUCAGGCUGCACAGCGCGGGAGCUCAAGCCCAACUAUGACGACACAAUCUACGAACGGUCGUAGAGCGACACGUACUAGCAUGAUGUCCACUGCAACUCCUACAAUCAGCGUUAGAGCCCCAGCCGGUUCCAAUAAGAGAGCACGCAAUAAUACCAUCACAUCAUCAUCAUCUGCAAGGAGUACUGGUCGUCGUGCGAGUAAUGCUAGGAAACGGUCGGAUGAGACAGACGAGGAUGGUAGUCAAGACGAUGAUGGAAGUCAGGAUGAGGGUAACAGUCCUAUUGAGAGAGACGAUCAGCAUCCUGCGAAGCCCCAACAAAGGAAACCAGAGACAGAAGAGGAGAAGCGAAGGAACUUCCUUGAGCGAAAUCGACAAGCCGCGCUCAAGUGUCGUCAGCGCAAGAAGGCUUGGCUUAACCAACUUCAGGCUAAAGUCGAAUACCUUACUUCGGAGAACGAGCGACUGCUCAACACGACGGUUUCGAUGCGUGAAGAGAUCUCACGUUUGUCUGCCGUUGUCGUUGCCCAUCGUGAUUGUGGCCUCGGUGGUGUGAGCGUAGCACGAUCAGAACAGCUUGUGGCAAACAAUGCGCAUGUCAAAUCCAUUGGUGGGGAUGGGCAUGUACCAAGCAAUGCUCCCUCAAUGGGUGGACAUGGUUCAAGAGGCGCAGCUACUACCAUAACCCCAGCGAGAAGAGGGACUGAUAGGGGAGCAGGUGGUGCCGGUGUACCAGCAAUGGUUUCUCCCGUUGGAGGUGGGGGGAAAGGUGGGAGGUAUGCGUACUAG